CAUCAGUCAUGGCUGAGCUGCACCAUCACAAUGUGGUGUGUAUUUUGGGGGUAGUGACCCAGGAACAGCCUGUCUGCAUGCUGUUUGAGUUCCUGAACCAGGGGGACCUCCAUGAGUUCCUCAUCAUGCGUUCUCCUCACUCUGACGUGGGCUGUAGUAGUGAUGAGGACGGGACCAUCAAGUCCAUCCUGGACCACGGAGACUUCCUGCACCUGGCCAUCCAGGUGGCUGCUGGUAUGGAAUACCUGGCCAGUCACAACUUCGUCCAUAAGGACCUGGCAGCCCGUAACAUCCUAGUGGGGGAACGGCUCCACGUCAAGAUAUCUGACCUGGGUCUGUCCCGAGAGAUCUAUGCCUCCGACUACUACAGGGUCCAGCCCAAGGCUUUACUCCCGAUCCGAUGGAUGCCUCCUGAGUCCAUGGCCUAUGGGAAGUUCACAUCGGAGUCAGAUAUCUGGGCGUUUGGCGUGGUGCUGUGGGAGAUCUUCAGCUACGGCCUGCAGCCCUACUACGGCUUCAGCAACCAGGAGGUCAUGGAGAUGGUGAGGAAACGCCAGCUGCUGCCCUGCCCAGAGGACUGCCCCCCCAGGGUUUUCAGCCUCAUGACAGAGUGCUGGCAGGAGGGCCCAGCGAGGCGUCCGCGGUUUAAGGAUAUCCACUGUCGUCUCCGGGCCUGGGAGGGGCUGUCAUCCCACGCCAGUUCUAGUACCCCAUCAGGAGGCGGGGGCAACGCCACGACCCAGACCACCUCGUUGAGUGCUAGUCCUGUCAGUAACCUCAGCAACCCACGCUACGCCGCUGCAGGCUACCUCUACCCAGCCCAGGGGAUACCCGCGCCAGGUCAUCCGGGCCACCAGAUGGCAGGCUGGACCCCAAUGACCCAUGGAGCACCCAUGGCCCAGAACCAGCACCAACACCAAUGCUUCAUCCCUGUCAACGGCUACCCCAUCCCCCCAGGCUAUGCUGCCUUUCCUGCAGCCCACUUCCAGGCCCAGGGCCCCCCCAGGGGGGUGCAACACCUCCCCCCGCCCAAGAGCAGAUCUCCCAGCAGUGCUAGCGGCUCCACCAGCACCGGUCAUGUGGCCAGCUUGCCGUCCACGGGGUCUAAUCACGAUGCGAACACGCCACUGCUGUCACACUGCGUGGCGAUAUCUGCCCUGCCAGGGGGCGGGACCAUGCAGGUGUACGGACACAUGUCCCAGAAGGCUUUGCAACAGAUGGACCCCUCACAGACGUCCGCACUGCUGGCCGACGCCAACAGACUUAUGUACAGCGAUUCAAUCAUCACCGCUGAUGUGUAAAUACACUACAGACCUGGACUUUAUAAAUCUCAUCUGGUUGAUUUCAUGCUUUGUUUCCUUUUACCUGUUUUCUUUGUUUUUCGAAUAAAAUUAUUAUAAUUAUUGUU